AUGUGGCUCCUAGGCACUGCGCGCGCGAACCUCGUCUUCUUUCCCCAACCCGAAGACGUUCCUGGAGGUUAUGCUAUCCUGUCGCACACCUGGGAGGGGGAAGAAGAGACGUUUCAAAAGGUUCAAAAGUUGAACCCACGCCGGCCGUCUCCACCAUGGUUCAACCCACGCGAUCGCCUAACUCCAAAAGUUCGAUCAUUCCUUGAGCUCGCCGAGAAGCAUGGGUACGAGUACGCUUGGGUCGACACGUGCUGUAUCAACAAGGAGAGCAGUGCCGAGCUCUCGGAAGGCAUCAAUUCCAUGUUCCGCUACUACGCCCUCUCCAGAAUCUGUUGCGUCUACCUCAGCAACGUCGGAUACUCACACACAGAUCCGUUCCAAGACGGUCAAUUCAAACGAAGCAAGUGGCAAAGGCGGGGCUGGACUCUCCAAGAGCUCAUCGCGGCCCGCUUCGUCGUGUUCUAUUCCAGUUAUUGGAUAUGUCUGGGCACCAAGUACGAGCUCGCCGACCGCCUAGAAGAGGCAACUGGAAUCUCUGCGGCAGUCCUCCGCUUUGAGAGUUCGUUUGCCGACGCUAGUAUCGCGACACGCAUAUCCUGGGCGGCGCAUCGGGAAACCACGAGGCCGGAAGACGGUGCCUACAGCCUCUUCGGGCUUUUCGGGGUCAACAUGCCGACGCUCUACGGCGAAGGCCGACACGCAUUCUGCCGGCUCCUCAUGGAAAUCUCAAAGACUUCGCGCGAUCCUUCGAUUUUUCUUCUGGGAACACGAUGGUAUGUGGAUGAGUUGGGAGACCUCCAAUUGGCCCUCCAGGGGAUGCCCCAAAGCCGAACACAUCGUCAUCUUCUCCCCCUUCAACCGUCGCCAAGAAACACAGAUUAUUAUGGAGUCCCACUCGCAUUGAAUCCGGUAUUCUACAAACCGAACGAACACCGCUAUCAGAGAGAAGAACGUGGGGUACGCUGGUAUGGCUACUGUUCUACACUGUACUACAUUGACGGCCAUUUUAGGACGGCUCGACUGCAAGUGCGACCGAAGAACUCCGCGCUCCCACGUUCUCUAUGUCGCCGGAUGGAAUCGAGCUCCACGCAGCCGUUCUGCCUCUGA